AGGAACUGCUUGCUAGUGUGUCAACCCGUCUGAGCAGCGACUCCCAUUCACCAAUAUUGGACCCUAUAACUGUAUGAUUUUCUCCGCGGGCAUCGUUUCUUUUGCCUGAUAGCAAGAACCUACGGAGUGUUUCUUUUUCUUUCUACGGUACUGGGUAAGUUCUGGCUGUUCAUCUGAAGCAGAAGUCGAUCUUUGGGCCAUAUCUACAUGGUCUUGCUAUGUGGAAGGUGACCUGAGCUCCCAGCGCUGCUCUGUGGCUUAUGUCAGAAGACAGCGAUCCAAAGCAGUACUUGUACCCUUUGGAAGGGCAUCAGCAGGACAUGGCCAGCAGUUACAGCGAGGGAUGCAGCGGGCGAGAUGGCGAGCUGGAGCCAGAGCUUGGCCUAGCGUCGGAAGGUAGCGACAGCAGCCAUGAGCACCCAGUCUCGCCUGCCUCCCCACAUGACGAAAGGAAGCGCCCCCGGGCCCCCAUGCAUGAGGACGUGGAGAUGGGUGGCAGUGGCUCCAGUGGAAGUGGCACCGAAUCCCAUGGCAACGAGUCCCACGGAAACGAGUCCCACGGCAACGAGUCUGUGGGCAGCUCCAACGGCAAUGGGAAAGACUCGGCGCUGCUGGAGUCAUCAGGAAGCAACAAGAGCUCAAACUCACACAGUCCUUCACCGCCCAGCAGCUCCAAUGCCUUCAGCCUGAUGAGCUCUGAACAGGACAACCCUUCUACUAGUGGCUGCAGUAGCGAACAGUCAGCCAAGGCUAAGACACAGAAGGAGCUGUUCAAGACCCUCAAGGAGCUGAAGAUGCAUCUGCUAUCGGAAAAGAGGAGCAAAGGAAAAUCGACCACCGUAAACACGCUCAAAUACGCCCUGCGAUGUGUCAAACAGGUGAAAGCUAAUGAGGAGUAUUAUCAAAUGCUGAUGAUCAAUGAUAGCCAACCACCAGGAUUCGAUGUGUCCUCUUAUACCAUUGAAGAAAUCAACAGCAUAACAUCUGAAUAUACACUCAAAAACAAUGAUAUUUUCGCUGUGGCAGUCUCGCUUAUCACAGGAAAAAUUGUGUACAUUUCGGAACAGGCGGCGUCCAUUUUGAACUGCAAGCGUGAGGUCUUCAACAAUGCCAAAUUUGUGGAGUUUUUGACCCCUCAGGAUGUCAGUGUCUUCUACAGCUUCACCACUCCCUACCGCCUCCCAUCCUGGAGCAUGUGCACAGGAGCAGAGUCCUCCCCCACAGAGUGCAUGCAGGAGAAGUCCUUCUUCUGCCGCAUCAGUGGGGGUAAGGAGCGAGAAGGGGACCUCCAGUACUAUCCUUUUCGAAUGACUCCAUAUCUAAUGAAAGUCCAGGAUGCAGAGCUGUCUGAGGAACAGUUCUGCUGCCUCCUACUGGCCGAGAGGGUACACUCUGGCUAUGAGGCUCCUCGGAUUCCAUCAGACAAGAGGAUAUUUACCACCACUCACACUCCUAACUGUGUGUUCCAGGAUGUAGAUGAAAGGGCUGUUCCUCUGUUGGGUUACCUGCCUCAAGAUCUGAUUGGGACCCCAGUGCUGCUAAACCUACACCCAAGUGACCGCCCCUUGAUGUUGGCAGUGCAUAGAAAAAUUUUGCAGUACGCUGGUCAGCCUUUUGACCACUCCUCCAUCCGGUUCUGUGCUAGAAAUGGUGAAUACGUCACUUUAGACACAAGUUGGUCGAGCUUUGUCAAUCCUUGGAGCCGUAAGUCUUUUGUGAUUGGAAGGCACAAAGUGAGAAUGGGUCCUGUGAAUGAAGAUGUCUUUGCAGCUCCUGCUUUCCAUGGGGGGAAGAUAAUGGACUCCGAUAUACAAGAAAUAAGUGAACAAAUACACCGGCUCCUAUUACAACCGGUGCACAACAUGGGCUCCAGCGGUUAUGGAAGCCACGGUAGCAACGGUUCACACGAGCAGCUAGUUAGCAUUAGCUCCUCCAGCGAGAGCAAUGGGAACCUUGCUGCAGAGAACGCACAAGAGGAGAUGGGCAAAGCCAAACCCACACGGACCUUCCAGGAGAUCUGCAAAGGGGUGCACAUGCUCAAGAACCAGGAUACACAAGGUGGCAUUCGCUCACCCUGCCCCUCCCCUUUGCCAUCCUUAUCCAAACCAGAACAGAAGAAAAUGUCUGACUUUGCCUCUCAAAAGAGCCCAGUGGUCCGUUUGAAGGACUCUGCAACCCCUCUCCUGGCCAAAGACAGUACUGCAGCCAGUAUGGAGGACUUCACUUACAAAGAUCAGACUGUGUGCUCCUAUCAGCAGAUUAGCUGCUUGGAUAGUGUUAUCAGAUACCUGGAGAGCUGCAACAUUCCCAUCACUGUGAAGCGGAAGUAUCAGUUUCACUCCAACACUACUUCCUCCAACUCUGAUGACGAUAAGAAAGGGUCAGAGGAGGGCAUCCAUGUGCCUCAGGAUACUACCGCAGAUCCAUUGAUGCUGGAUGCGCAGCCAGGCCUUUCCAACAUGAAAGCCCCUAAAAAGCCCCCCUCCGGGGCACCUGCCGUAGUUGGAUCUCCUCUGGCCCCUCUCACUCUCCCGAGUAAAGCUGAAAGUGUGGUGUCCAUCACCUCCCAGUGCAGCUACAGCAGCACCAUAGUACAUGUAGGAGACAAGAAGCCUCAGCCAGAGUCCGAGAUUAUUGAGGAUGUGGCUGAGAGCCCGGCCCCUCCUGCACAGCUGGUCAGUGUGGUGUCUCCUCCGAGUCAGGAGAAAGAGGCCUAUAAGAGGCUGGGUCUGACCAAACAGGUCCUGGCAGCUCACACACAGAAGGAGGAGCAGGCCUUUUUGAACCGCUGCAGAGAACUCCGAGACGCACGCUCCCUCCAGAAGAACUAUUCCACAUGUGUGCACAAGCAGAGAGGCCCUGCCAAUGUUGAAGAAUCCUCUGGUUUAAGGGGAGCUGCUAAACAGGGCAGCACUAGACCAGAGACCGCUGCAAAGAAAGGCAACCGAAACAGGAAGUCUAAGAAGCCACGUAUGAAGCAUCCUGACUCCUCCGACAGCGCUGUGUCCAACCGCAAACCUCGGCCUCCGCUCCAGGGGCUCAACCAGACCUCGUGGUCCCCAUCAGAGGCAUCACAGUCUGCGUUCAACGUGUCAUACCCCACCAUGGUGCCUGCUUACCCCCUGUAUCCCCCUGCUGCUGCUGCUGCCCCGCCCCAGGCCCCUCGCCCGGAUCCCUCUCUGUCCACAGGGUACAGAGACGGCCAGAGCUCACAGGCCCCGCCCACUGCUGGCCCCUUUCCCGCCCCCAUUGUUACACCUGUGGUGGCUUUGGUGCUGCCUAAUUACCUCUUCCCUCAGAUAGGUCAAAUAGGACAGUUAGGGGCUGCUCCCAGACCUGCCUUUUUCCCAGAGCAGACCCAGGCACAGCCGGCCUACCCUACCCAGCAGGCCUUUCAGCCCCCUCAGCCUGCCUACUCCAUACAGACUCAACCCGCCUACUCCAUACAGACCCAGCCUGCAUACUCCAUACAGACACAGCCUGCCUAUGCGCCACAGCAGUUUCCAGUGCAGACUUUUGCCUCUCAGCAGCCAUACCAGGGGGCCCCCGCGCAGUACACUGCCCCACAGCCUUUCCAGGGCACUCAGAACUACACUGCCCAGCAGCCCUUUGCGCCACAGCCUUCAUUCCCAGUGCAGACCCCGUUUGUGGGACAGGCUACUUACCCCACUCAGCCGUUCUCCUACAGUCUGACAGCAGACGCCUCUAAAGCAGCCGCAGUGGAGCCCAGAGAGGGGGCAGCAUCGCGCUCAUCUACACCUGCCUCUGGGGCCCGUGAGCCCACCACAUCACCCCCACUGUUUGAGUCCCGGUGCAGCUCUCCUCUGCAGCUCAACCUGCUAAGUAUGGAGGAAGGGCAGCGCUCAGUGGAACGGCAGGACAGCACAGCGCCCCCCUCUGGAGCACAGGGGAACAGUGCAAUGGGAGCAUCAGGGUCAGUGGAGGGUCAGAAGAACCCUACUGCCAAGGCUGAAAGCCACCAACAGGUGGAGUCCCCAGGUGACGGUGUACACAGUGAUGGGAAUUCUUCAUCAUGUGAUCUGCUGGACAUGCUUCAGGAGCAGGAGGACUCUCACUCUGGGACAGGCUCGGCCACCUCUGGCUCCAUGGGCUCUGGAUCCGGCUCUGGUUCCGGUUCUGGUUCAGGCUGCAAUGGCUGUGGGACUUCAGCCAGUGGAGCGUCAGGCAGCAGAACAGGAAGUAGCAACACCAGCAAGUAUUUUGGCAGCGUAGAUUCUCUGGAGCAUGACCCGAAGGCCAAAGCCAAAGCAAAAUCGCGAGGAGAAGGAAGCUGCGACGCUCAGGGCAAAGUGUCUACUCAGGGCGAUGAAGACCAUUUCAUCAAAUACGUUCUACAGGAGCCGCUCUGGCUCCUCAUGGCCAACGCAGAUGAUAAAGUCAUGAUGACGUAUCAAGUCCCAUCGAGGGACAUUCAGAAGGUUUUGCGCGAGGACAAAGAGCGGUUGCGGCACAUGCAGAAGAGCCAGCCUCACUUCUCUUCAGAGCAGCGCCGAGAGCUUGUGGAGGAGCACCCUUGGAUGAGGAGAGGAGGUCUGCCUGCAGCCAUCAAUGUUAAGGAAUGUGUGUACUGUGAGGAGUCAGCAGCAGCUCCCAUAGAAGAGGACAUGCCCGAUAUGGACAUGGGCGAACUGGGGGAGGAACUGAACCAAGAGACCAGGAACCCCCAGAGCCAAUCAGCGGAAUCGCAGCCUCAGCCGGACUCUGGCUCAUGAACUUAUUGCCAGCUGCCAACAGGGGGCGCACGGACCAACUUUGGACCCCCCUCGCUUCUACAUGCACAGGUCCACAGUUAUUAUCACAGACUCAAAUGACUGUGGGCCAACCUCUUGAUCACUUGAACUUUUAAAAACGUGAUUGCGCCGAGGAGGUGUUGCUGGUCGUAUCUGUCUGUGUAAAGGGGUCAAAAGCUGCUAUUGCUGCAGUUUUUAAUUUGUCCACUCGGGGGCAGCAUUUCUGUUUUUGCAGCUCUAUCCCAACGCAGACAAUUUCCCUUCAAAACCACAAGGGCAAAACAUUCAGGAGAUUAUCUUUACAAUAUGCACGUGCUGUUUGUCUAGACACACUAGUAACUUAUGGUAUUGUUAUAAAUAUCUAUAUAUUUUAUUACAGAAAGUAAGCUUUGCCCUCUAGAUGUUGAAUUACUUAACCACCGUUUACCAUCUGUAUUUUUGUCUUGUCCAACCAACAAUCAGUUUUAUCGUCAGUGUUUCAUUGGACAAGAGAAGCCAGGAAGGACUUUUUUUACAUCCACUUAUCGUAUUUUUGAGAUUUGGUGGAUCUGCGCAAACAGACCCUGCACUGUAACUAGGAGACAAUCUUAUUUUUUUAUAUAUAUAUUUAAAUUUUAUGCAAAGUUCAAAUAUAAAAGGUAGGUAAUUUAUGUCAAAGCCAAAUUUUGUGAAAUGUACUGAAUUAAGUUACUGUAGAGAUUAAGUUUGCAUCGACAUCAACCAAAAUCUUUUAAAAAUGUUAUUUGGUAUUUAGUUUUUCACUACUGAAAACCAGCAUUAACAUAAAUUUUUAUUAUUUUUCAAAACUAAUUGACAGAACAUAAAGUGGCAUUCAAACCCAGCAAGGAAUUUUCGAUAUAUUAAGCACUAGUCUAGUUUUACAAAAAAUUGUUCCUUUAGCACCAGUUUAGGAACGUAUCCUACUUCUGUAAAAUAUUUGACACUUCACCUUUUGUGAAAACAUAGAUUUAAAAUGAGCCAGUCAUAUGCGCUUUACUCGAUGUAUUUCUUUUCAUUCUUUAACUCUUUUAACAGUUGCAAUAACAGAACAAGCGUAGCUCAAGGGGGACUAUAUUACUCAAGUAUGCAGAGUAUUUUUGACCUUUUUGUGCAUGCGUUUUCAAAUAUUCAUCCCCUUUUUAUUUUUACAUAACCUUCAGUAAACUGUGAUCGGUAUUGGCUCUAUACGUUGUCAAAGUUGGGAUCAACUGAGGUGCUAAGAAGAAGAACUUUCUUUGCGGUGAAUGUAACAGACUGGACCAAUUGUCUCGCUGGUUUGUUUUGUCAUUGUCCAAAUCUUUUUUUUUUUUUUUUUUUUUAAUUAUUAUAUUAUUUCCGUCUGUCCGUGUUUUAUGUUUUUAUUUUAUUUAGUGUGACAGGAGACGAAUACUACCUCUAAUAACUCUUUUUGGUCCUGUUACUGUGAUGGUUGGGUGGUUUUAAUAACAGUUUGUAUGUGUGGGCAAAACGCAAUGGACUGGUCAGUGUACUUUUUGUGAUUCCAGUUUGAGAUGGGUCGCCUUUUACCAUCUUGAGUAGCUAUUUCUAGCCGAUGUUUCAUUUCUAAUUCAGUUUCUCAUGACAAGCCUCCAAAACUCACCUUGUGUAUAGAACGCACACAUGGAUGUAUUGAAACAAGCCGAGGCUAAGCUAACGAUGCUGCAUUGUUCACGCCUUACAAUAGAGGAAAUCUGGACUGCCGAUUACGAUGGGUUGUAGGAAGCACCGAUAACUAUAAACGCAUACACGAUCGGCCUGUAUUGUUGUAUAUGGGCGUGUAAAUUUGUCUCCUCGCCACUGUACAAGUCUGUGGAAAACUAAAGUAUGUGUAAGAGCGCACAUGUGUUUUUUUGUAGGUGAGAUUCUGUGUUUGAGAACAUAAACCAAUGUUGUAAUAAAACAGAAAUGCUUUUAAA